AUGACAGACGUGAAGAUGGAAGACACUGAGGUAUUUGCAUUCCAGGCUGAGAUAAACCAGCUUCUCGGUCUUAUAAUCAAUACUUUUUAUAGCAACAAGGAAAUCUUCCUUCGUGAACUCAUUAGCAACGCUUCUGAUGCACUGGACAAGAUAAGAUUUGAGAGCUUGACAGAUAAGAGCAAGCUUGAUUCUCAACCCGAGCUCUUCAUCAGGAUUAUUCCUGAUAAGGUUAAUAAGACCCUGUCUAUUAUUGACAGCGGAGUUGGCAUGACUAAAGCAGAAUUGGUGAACAACCUGGGUAAAAUCGCAAGGUCCGGGACGAGGGAAUUCAUGGAGGCAUUACAGGCUGGAGCUGAUAUGAGCAUGAUUGGACAAUUUGGAGUCGGGUUUUACUCGGCUUUCCUGGUGGCUGACAAGGUGAUUGUGACCACAAAGCACAACGACGAUGAUCAGUAUGUUUGGGAGUCUCAGGCUGGAGGGUCCUUUGUUGUCAGAAAGGAUGUUGAUGGAGAGCCUUUGGGUAGAGGAACAAAGGUCUCACUCUUCCUCAAAGAUGAUCAGUUGGAGUACUUGGAGGAGAGGAGAUUGAAGGAUCUUGUGAGAAAGCACUCUGAAUUCAUUAGCUACCCUAUUUACCUGUGGACUGAGAAGACUGUUGAGAAAGAGAUCAGUGAUGAUGAAGAUGAGGAAACCAAUAAAGAAGAAGAAGGUGAGGUGGAGGAUGUUGAUGAGAACAAAGAAAAGGAUUCCAAGAAGAAGAAGAAAAUAAAAGAAGUGACACAUGAAUGGGAACUUAUCAACAAACAGAAACCUAUUUGGUUGCGCAAGCCGGAGGAAAUCAGUAAGGAGGAGUACGCUUCCUUCUACAAGAGCCUCACCAAUGACUGGGAGGAGCCUCUUGCUUGGAAACACUUUUCUGUUGAAGGGCAGCUGGAAUUCAAAGCUCUCCUAUUCGUUCCAAAAAGAGCCCCGUUCGAUCUUUUUGACACGAGGAAGAAAAUGAACAAUAUCAGACUUUAUGUCAGGCGGAUAUUCAUUAUGGACAACUGCGAAGAGCUCAUUCCUGAGUAUCUAGGAUUUAUAAAGGGUGUUGUGGAUUCUGAUGAUCUACCACUCAACAUUUCUCGUGAGAUGCUGCAGCAGAACAAGAUUCUGAAGGUAAUCAGGAAGAAUUUGGUGAAGAAGUGUGUUGAGAUGUUCAACGAGAUAGCUGAGAAUAAAGAAGACUACAACAAAUUCUAUGAUGCUUUCUCUAAGAACAUUAAACUGGGUAUUCAUGAAGACGGCCAAAACCGAACCAAGCUUGCCGACUUGCUGAGGUACUACUCAACAAAGAGUGGUGAUGAGAUGACUAGUCUGAGGGACUAUGUUACAAGAAUGAAAGAGGGCCAGAAAGACAUGUACUACAUCACUGGCGAGAGCAGGAAAGCAGUCGAGAACUCUCCGUUUCUUGAGAAGCUCAAGAGAAGGGGGUACGAAGUGCUUUUCAUGGUGGAUGCCAUUGAUGAGUACGUUGUGUCACAAUUGAAGGAGUAUGAUGGGAAGAAGCUAGUGUCAGCGACUAAGGAAGGGCUGACUGUUGAAGAUGAUGAGGAGGAGAGAAGGAAGAAAGAAGAGAAGCAGCAGUCUUUUGAGAACUUGUGCAAGACAAUCAAGGAAAUACUUGGAGACAGGGUGGAGAAAGUAGUGGUGUCUGAUAGACUUGUGGACUCCCCAUGUUGUUUAGUCACGGGUGAAUAUGGAUGGACUGCUAACAUGGAAAGGAUCAUGAAAGCUCAAGCUUUGAGGGACAACAGCAUGUCUUCUUACAUGUCUAGCAAGAAGACUAUGGAGAUCAAUCCAGACAAUCCAAUCAUGGAGGAACUGAGAAAGAGAGCGGAGGCAGAUAAAAACGACAAAUCAGUGAAGGAUUUGGUGCUACUACUCUAUGAGACAGCUCUUUUGACUUCAGGUUUCAGCCUUGAUGAUCCUAACACAUUCUCUGCAAGAAUUCACAGGAUGCUGAAGUUGGGUCUGAGCAUUGAUGAAGAUGAGACCGGCCGGUAUGAAACAGAAAUGCUGCCAUUAGAGGAAGAAGUGCAUGAGGAGAGCAAGAUGGAAGAAGUUGACGAAGUAUGA